AUGGGACGACUACUUGGAAAGAUGCUCUUCCCACUUGCGAUGUGCUUUUUACUCACUUCCGCAGUUGUUGCAUCAGUUCGGUACAUUAACGAAAUACUUUCAAAAAAUCUACGGAAGCAUUUGUUUCCCUUUCCUGAAAUUCUUCCUUCUUCUACUUCCUCUUCUAUUCCCUUCCUUCGAAAAAAAAACUUCUCCAAAGUGUUUGAUAAGCCAACGUCAAAUGAGGAGAAUCCAAUUGUCAUUUCAUCAGAAUCCAUGGAUUACGACACCAACACGAUUACUGUCCGAGAAGGAAAGAAAAUGAUGGUGAGCUGCGUUUUCGAAAGUGAUGAAACGAUUCACAAAAGCGACCUUCUGUGGAAACAACCGAACGGAAACAAUAUCGAUGGCGAAACCAAUCCAAGCCUUUUUGCUAUUGUGUUAAACGAGCGAGGAAGCAAACACCGCAAGACAUCUCUUCAUUUCUCUUCGGUCCAUACUAGAGACACCGGGCUCUACACAUGUUCUGGAAGAACUGCUGGAGGAGAGACUUUUGAGAAAACCGUCAAAUUGGUUGUACUUCCAUCAAUUGAAUGGAACGACAAAGAUACUGUCAAGGGGGCACUUCUCGGAGAGCCGAUCACUGUUGACUGUGGUGUGAAGAGCAAGUCUGGAGCCGAUCCAAUGAUUCAGAUGACCAAUGGAAACGGAGAACCAUUAGAUGAAGAAAUCUGGACCAUUGCUGGAAAUGAGGCUACUAUUGAUAGCUUGAAGAAGGAACAUGCUGAGUUGGCAGUUUCCUGUAUCACCAUCGAAAUGCACCAGGAGGGUAAUAAUGAGGAAUUCCCAGUAGUAGAUCGCAAGGAUGUGAAUGUCGAAGUCUACACUCUCCCCGAGUUCGCUUCUGAUGAAUCUGUGCAAUACACUGUCAUUGAUAGUCAUGUCCGUGAUGCUGUUGUCUAUUGCAAUGUUACCCACUCCUUCCCACCAGUUCGUCACUACACAUUUUACCACGGUGAUGAAGAGAUCAAACUGAACGACAAGUUCAACAUCUUUGUCAAUGUCGGAUUGAUCCAAGGAGCCCAUCUUAAGAUCCACAAUGUCAAUGAAAACGAUUUGGGAACCUAUAAGUGCGAAGCUAACAAUAUCAAAGCCAAAUCGAUCCACACUGUUCACCUCAGAGAAGCAAAUGCCCCAGCCGAGCCAAAAGUUACCUUGGUUGAGGCCAAGAGACACUCGAUUAUCUGGAGAGUUGAUUCCAUCGACCAGGAGCCGGAUCUUCCAGUAAACGCUGUUGAAAUCCGUCACCUUCGCGCUGCAACCGCCGAAGCUUUAGGAGUGGCCGAUGAGGAUAUCUCAGACUCGUACUGGAAGAGCCAUUCUAUCUUCAUGCAAAGAAAUAUUAAGAGCGACGGUAUUUACGAAAUCAACGGACUCAGACACGGACACGAGUAUGUUUGGAGAUUCAGACAGAUCAACGAGGCUGGAUUCGGAGACAGUGUUGUUCUUCGCGCCAAAACUCUGGAUGACAACUACUUGGAAAUGACUGACUCGGCUACCUACACUACUAUCCCACUCACCAUCGCCACCCUUCUCGUCAUUCGUCUUUUCGUCUAG